UCUUGUUCUCCUGCAGACUAUUGAAAGGGUCGUAGACUCUAAAACCUUUACGGAGAUCCUCACGAACUAUUAAGCCUUUCUAGCUUCAUGUAUAAAUAAAUAACAUUAAUUCUUCUUUGUUACAGGUUGCACGCGUAGUGGUUGUGAGUGGUUAUAUCUUAUCCAGCCAGAAGAUUUAAAAAGUGGUGGUGAUUAGUGCUCGAUUAGUGCAAUUCGUUAAAUUUUAAUUAAAAAUAAAUUUAAUUCAGCCUCUUUCGUGUCUUACCCCUAAUUCGAUUCAUAAUAGGCUUCGAAAAUUUUGAAAAAGAAAUGCAAUUAGAUUACGUGUGACAAGUUUUAUUCACGACGUCUGGUCUUGAGGAAGGCAAGACGAGGACGGGGACAAAACAGCGAUGGCUCGGCCUGAGGUUGUGCGAUGAGCCGGCUGACGAACAGGAGGGAAUGGACGAGCCUAGCUCCGCCAAGCGGCCCUCCGUUUUAACGAUUGAUAGAGCCGCCUUUCUUCUCUUAAGGGUUAAGAGAGCUUUUAAGAAGAAGAGACAGCAGAGGAAGGAGAAACAUGCCGCGGCGGCAGCGGCGGCGGCGGCGGAGGCGUUGGGUAGCGGGGUGCGGCGCGCUCCUCCACCGCUAUUGCGCUCCCGCACUCUGCCCGCCAUCAUUGCGCCAGGAUUCUCCAUUUUGCACGCGCAAAUCGACCCUCAACGAAGUAACGAUAUCACCCAAAGCCAGAUGUUAUGCCGGGGCGUAUCUGCGCACAAAGUGAGCGGGCUCCGUGCGCACGCGCCACGCAUCUCCUUCACCACCAAAGAAGAACAAGAAUCGCAUGAGUUGCGGCGAAAAUCCGCCAGCUCACGGCUGGGAAGUUCCCCCAGAUCUAGCAUUGCCAGUGAGGAACGGGUUGAUGGAAUUGCUUUAAGAGUCCCAACACCACGCAGUUCGGUAUCGAGCACAGGUAGCUCGACCGGGUCCAGGCUAGCUCGGCUGCUCACGCAAGGCGUACGGGGAGGGCAAGAAGAGGCAGCCUCUGAUGCACCUCGCCGCCUUAGCUGGGAGAGGCGUGAAUCAAUAGGCCAGCUUCCAAGAUCAGCAAGCAUCGACUCAAUAGUAGAAGCCGCUAUAUGUGCACGGCACUCCGAGCCCACUCAUACACUGACUUUGCAGUUACCGGCCAGAGCUGACCGCGCGUUGAGCUUGGUUUCCCCUGCUGUGGGCCGACGAACAAAGAUUCAAAGAGGACAGGCUGGUGAGUAA